UCACAUGACUUUCCAAUUCAGCGUACUCUGUGCUAGCUCUCUGAUCAUUCACAUGUAGCUGUCUUAUGGACAGAUUGAUGUAUUCUUUCUAAAAAAAUUGACUACAUGAUUUUAGUUGUGUGUGUAUUGUUAGUUUCUGUUCAACCAAGUGUCAAUUAAAACGUUCAAUUAUGUGAUUUAGGCAGAGUGGUUUAUAAUGUAGUUUGUAUGACCAGAGUAUUCAGUAUGAAUUUAGGUUUUUUAAGGCCUAAAUUGUUGUGGAUAAUGUCUUGGAUUUUACACUAUUUCUGGAUUCUGCCCUUUUGUGUGGGGACCAUUAUAACUGUUGUGGAAACUGAGCAGACAUUAUCAUUUGAAUGGAACACAUCAAAUCCAAAGUUCAGUGAGAAGGAUGGUGCAAAGCUGUCCAUCCCAGUGGGUUCCAACCUGAAGAUUAUCUGUCCCCAGCGCAACAACACCAGUGCAGACUCGCUCUACUAUGUGAUCUACUGGGUGUCUGAGGAGGGAUUCAAAAAAUGUUUCAAGCCCCACAAUGACAGCUCAGUGUUUGUUGUCUGCAACAGACCAGAAGUGUCAUUUGACUUCACGGUGGAAAUCUCCAUAUUCACUGGAACACCAAAUGGGAAAGACUUCAAAGUGGGCCACAGUUACUAUAUUGCAUCAUUUUCAACUGGGACGUUACAGGGCUUAGGCAAUGAGUAUGAUGGUGCAUGUAAGGACAAGAACAUGCGUAUCAAUAUGACCGUCGUCAACCAGCAGUUUCCCACCACUCAAGCACCAUCGAAGACAACCCCUAUAGUGACGACCUCACGACCUGACACUCCAAACACAACAGUGCUGUCUUCAACGCAGCCCUCCCCCUCCACAGCCCUGCCUACCACACACCUGUUUACCACAGCAACCACCGUGGGCUCGUCAACAGGCAGAACUUCUACAAACAUUCCAGAGGUGACUGGCAACACCGACAGUGUGAUCAAUGUGCCUGACAACGGGAACACAGGCGUCAUAGACUUGACCAACAGGGCGCCGGCAGGCCCUGUACCAACACUUGUGCUCACAGCAUGUCUUUCAGUGUUACAUAUACUUUACUCACAAAGUCCACUGGAUCAGCGAUAGCAGUGUACAGAUCUGGCUUGUCUUGUUAAAUAUCUGUGUAUGGAUUUGUUAACAUAUAUUGCUCACAUGAAGACUUGAUACCAGUGGCCAAACGUUCCAAUGUGUGAUCAGAGCAAGUGACUGAAUUGUGACAUUCCAAUUUAGAGUACUUCUAUGAACUUCUCUUGUUAAUGUGACCAGUAGAAGACUGGUUUCAAUUUGUCUAAUUCAAGAAGACUCAGGAUAUAUUUAAUGGUGAAAAGUAGUCACAAGUUUUGAUCACAAUUUGCUCUGAAAAAAAGUAGGAAGGGCCAGAGGUUCGUGUUUUUCGACCAAAUGUGCUAACCAAAGUUGGAACCAGACAAUGGACUGGGCUUGCUCCAAGUAUUUGUGAUAAAAACAAUAUGUAGGAAGUGCAGAGCUCUUGCCUGGACAGGAGGCCAGACUAACUGGCACAUGAUGUGUGACAUGCCGCAAAAUAAAACCCGAGGCUAUGCUGGCUGGACCAUGCAGCUGAUUUGUCCCGGCAAUAUGUCUCAAUCUCCUCAGUGUAAUUCAGACUUUGCAUGAAGUUGGAAAUAUGAUUUCUCAGAUGCAACAAACGUUUCACCUUAAGUGCCCCAGAUGUGUCUAGAAAUACCAGCAUUUGUGCUUGA